GUAUAUAAGCAACAUGUACUCCUUCUAGCAAGUGGUUCUUUCCUUCAAACCUUUACCCGUCAAUCCAUCAUGGAAGCCACCAACCUCGCGCACAUGGCGUCGCCGCUGUUCCGUCUCCCUCGAGAACUCCGCGACGAAAUCUAUGCUUAUCAUGUCUAUGAACAUGAUGGCUAUUUCCAUAGUUUCGCAUCGGGGAAGCUCUCAUGCUCCGACCAACGCCCCAUCGACCUUGACCUGAUGUUCACGUGUAAAGCCAUCGCCCAAGAGAUGCGCGGAGUUGCACUGCUCACCAACAAGGUAACCUUCACCACAGGUCGAUCAGAAAUCCAAGUUGACGAUAGUGGAGACAUUUCCCUAGCAGGCAGAUUCGAGCGUCUCUUGACCUGGAUACGAGCAAUCAAGAUGCAGAUGCUAGUGCACGCCCACGAGUGCGUGACACCCGACAUACUAGACCAAAUCCAGAUCCGCCAUCCGUACGUCGGCGCUCUUUUUGCGGAUCGGUUUCGCGCCGCCAUCUCGACCACAGCAGAUGAUGUCAUGCCCAUAAUGGUAUUGGUUGGCAGCACUCGAUUUCUCGACGACAACCAGGUUCCUCUUCCUGUCCAGGACGCCCUCGACACUGCUUUGACCCUUGCAUCCAGCGACCCUCGCUUCAAAGGCAAAGCUCUUCAAGCAUUCGAGGAAGGUCAAAAUUUCCUCAUGAACAUGACCUUGGUCCCUGAGGCUUACGAUAUGAUUUUGCAAUACCGACCGUGCCGUUGGCAAAUCCCUGAUCCCCACGAACUGGCAUCAUUCGAGGCCCUGAUGCGCCCGUCAGAUCCAAACUUUGUCUUGUAUGAUUCGAUGGAAUACCGUAAAACGAGAAAUUUUUCGGUUGGUGUGUGGUAUUUCUCUGCAACCGCCGUUGCCAUUCAAUUCCUGAAGCGCAUGUCUGAACGGGGACUUCGACUGCGCAAUAUCAUCCUGGACGAGGACUACAAAGGAGUAGCUCAUCCAGCCUAUCAUAUUGCUGGGCUAAUCCCUUUCUGCCAGCGCGAUCCACAGCUUCGGAUAAAUCGACGAGUCGGGAGCAUCUAUCUAUCCGACUGGGAUCACAUCGCUGAUCAUUUCAAACUUCCGUUUCGUGACGAUGUUAUACUCAUGCUCUAUCAGACUUUUGUCUCUAUGGUAGACUGGGUUUGUGCAACUGGGCGGUUGUUGGACCUUGGCAUGCCCCCGCAGUCUUGUUUCACAACUUUUGUUGUGCGCUCAGAUAGCGACCUGAACUCAUGGUCCGCUCUCAAGGUGGCCGCCUUCUGGCAAGAGAGUAUGCUCAAAUGGUUCAAGCGGCAAGGUGGGAAGCUCCCACCGCUGACAUAUGACAGAUGGGGGGGACCGUAUGCCCUACCGAUCGCUCUUCCAAUGGAUUUUUCCGAGAUUGUCCAUGCUCUUCUCAAGGGAGACCUUUCAGUUCGAUGCCAGCUUUCCAAUGCGGCGGCCGACAAUCUCCCGGAGUUAUCCGAAGGCUAUAGAAUCCGUGACAUACUUUCCCCGCCACAACAGAACUGGGAUAUAAAAACUUGGAGAAAAAAAUGGGGCGACGUGCAGUCGGUGGUCAUUAAACUUCCAGAAGGUGGGGAGCGCACCCUGACACUUCCGUACGUCAGACAUGGCUACGGCCCACCAAGUCUCAGAAAUUUCCGGAUCCCGCAGCAUCGUUUGCUAGGCUUAUCAGAACAGACACGUAUUAACUUGGAGGAAAGCAUCAGACGAAGUGCAGUCGACGAAGAUUAAACUUCCAGAAGGUGGGAAGCACGUUCUGACACUUCCGUACAUCAGGCAUGGCUACGGCCGAUAGUUGCCUUGAGUCAGCGCUGCUCGUGCAGUUAAGAUUGCCAAAUGUAACAUCUUUGUUCAAACUCUAGAAUAGUACCAGAUUAGAAAAAUGAGAUAUCGUAUGCCGCUUCCAACAACUCGACCAGUGACAAGCACAUCCCAUUUCGUUGUUUUUUUCUCGCUCCAUGACACUUAGUUGCAGCCACGCCGAAGUCAGCUUUGUCUUGGACUUUAUAUCCGCCGCACAGUAACCAAAGCAGGAUACCGUCCAGUUGCAUAUAUUUAUACAAAUAGCUUCUCUGAUGUAAAGGUUUUUUUAUCACAGGGAAAUAAAAAUAAGCG